AUGGUCAGAGAGUGGGCAAGGGAGUCAUUCUCCCGUUACCCUCACCACUCCUAUCUUCCUGAAAGGUUUGUUGGUGAUGGGAUCGAUGACAGUCGAUUUCCCGAGACACAGGACAUGCAUCGCCGACAACCUCCAAUUCAAAUUGACGAGGCCCUCCGACAAUCUUGUGGGAUAUCCGCCAGACGAUACUUCCUAGUUGUGGUUAUGGACGAUGGAAGCCCACAAACCUUCUCCGGGCCUGGCACCUCGGGAACUCGAAGUGGUUAUGAGAAGCAAUUCUUUGACAUGGAAAAGUAUUUGAAGGUCGUUGAGCGUUUAGAUGCUGGAGCGAGCCCUGUGAUCAACGACGACUUUGGUUAUGACAGCUAUAAACAACCCAUGGAUUUCCCACGAAACCGCCUGAUGGACCGUCGACGAAUGUCUCAGUUUGACGAGUGGGAAACUCCAUCACGACAGGGACGAAAGAGACCACGGGCCCGGCAUGGCAUUACUGACGACGACGACAUUCCCAUGACUGUGGCAACAACGAUAAGAAAGUGUAUCAAGAUCGGAAAUUCUCUUGAAGUCGGCCUCUUUUAUGACCAGCGAUUCAAGAAUUGCCAGCAGACGGCUUGCAAGCUCAUGGCAAAGGCAUGGGUAAAGGCCGUGGAGCCAAAGAAACAAUCCACACAUCCAUAUACAGGAAGUGACGAGAAAGCGCCCGACUGGUGGCCAAAGCCUUGGGGUCCUACCAAAGAGGACAAGGUUCGCCACAAAGAGCCAGACCAUCUUUACAAGCGAGAACGAGUCCAUCUUUUGAACCACAUUCUGAGAAUGAUCGUAGAGCCCAACGAGAGGCAGCACCCUGACAUCCAGAAGUUGAAGCUCAAUGUCCAGAAGCUGGAGGAAAUCACUAUCGAGGCCCUUUCAGGUUUCUUCGCAGACAAGGAAAACCCAGCAAACGCAAAGAAACGCCCCUUCUUAAACGAGAUCUUCAAAGUGGCCAGGCAGGAAGAAAGAUUGAAACUGGGAGAAAUCGAUGGAACCACUGAAGUCUUUGUGAUGGCAGAUGACAAAAUUCCUGAAUCAUAUGUAUCGGGCAACGAUGACCAUGGACCUAUCCCCAAGGAAGAAGAUGAACACGACGUGCCGUCAAACAAAUUAACAGCGGUCCAUGGACUUAUGCCCUCAUCUAACGGCCACGGUAAUACAGGCGCAUCGCUUCACGGGACACCUUUCCUUGGUGGAGAUUUACCUGUAAGGGGGAACCAGUACACUCCCUCGACGAUGCCAGAAAUGCCACAGGAUCAACACGCCUUUGUCGAGAACACAGGCAUACCAGUCAACGGCCAACCUUCAGUGCACGCUACCGGGGGAAACAUGGCUAUGGACAUGGGUGUGCCUACCGCACACGAUGCCAGUCGCCGAGCUUCCAUCUUUAGUGCCCAUUCAGAGUAUGGAGGCCAGAAUAAUACAGCAAUGUACACUCAGCAGUGGCAGCCUGGCUCCACGGCACCCAACUCAUCGUCCAUGUACACCUUUACACAGCAACAACCUAGCCAACCGGCGGCGACCUUUGUCAGCCCUGGUGUUGCUAUGAAUCCAGCUCAGCCCUACAUGAACGCCUCUUUCGAUGGACUCACUCGCGGAUACGACCCAAGUCAGACCCCCAUGUUCCGAACAGGCAGCGUGCCACAACCUACACAAGUGCAUCCUGCCCAAAGUUACGAUUACAUGUCACGAUAA